UAUACAUUAUGUUGUAGUGAAGAGAAUUCUCAGAUACAUUCAAGGUUCUUUGUCUUUUGGUUUGUUUUAUAAGUAUGGCAAUAGUGCUUGUUAUAUCAAUGCUUUUUGUGAUGCUGACUGGGCUGGAGAAAUCAACCAUAGAAGAUCUACUACGGGUUUUAUUGUUUAUUUUGGGAGUUGUCCAAUUUCGUGGCAAUCUAAAAAGCAGGGUUCAGUUUCUAGAAACUCAACAGAAGCUGAGUAUAGGGUUCUUGCUAAUACAGCUGGUGAGAUUUUUUGGAUAGGCCACAUUUGUGUGAUCUUCAUGUUUGUGUCCUUUCUCCUCCUCUCCUAAAAUGUGACAAUCUUUCAGCCCUUGCUCUUUGUGCUAAUCCAGUCUUUCACUCUCAGAUUAAACACCUUGAUAAUGAUUUCCACUUUGUGAGAGAGAGGGUUCAAAAGCAAGAUUUGCUUCUUCAGUAUGUGCCUACAGAUCAGCAAACUGCAGAUGUGCUAACCAAGCGUUUACAUAGUCCAGUUUUCAGAGCUCAUUGCAACAAUCUUAGCCUUGUUACCAAUGUUGAAAUUGAGGGAGAGUGUUGACCAGUCAAAUAUUUAUGCAGUUUUUGUGCUGUUGAGUUGGAUAUUAUCUUAGUUUUUAUUUGUUGCAUUUGCCUUUUAUUUUAGUAAUGUAAUAAACAGUAAGGGUUUGUCCUACUAUAAAUACUGAUCUGUUGCUUGGUAUUAAAUACGCUGAAUUCUUUUCAUCAAUUACAGAGAAACUUCUCCAGGUUUUCUCUUUCUUUUCUCUCUUUGAUUUCAGCCAUAGUUAUUGCUUAAAGCUUUACUUGAUCACUAUGAGUGCAAUGUUAUCAACUAUCAAAUCCAUAAAUGAGUUUCUUACACACAAUUACUGCAGAAUUUCCUUUUUUUAUUGCAGUUUGUAGUCCUUACAAUGUCGUGUCAAUAUUUCCUAGAUCAUGAAACUAACCUCUAAAUCAAUCGAGAUGGAAGCUUUGGAUCAUGGUGAGGCUGAGAAGAUGGUGAAAGAGUUCGACGAAACCAAAGCUGGUGUCAAAGGAAUUGUCGACUCUGGAGUUACCAAGAUCCCAAGAAUGUUCGUACACCCUCCAGAGGAGUCGCAUCAAAUCAACAAGGAUCAUGAUCUUCGAGUUCCGACGAUUGAUCUCAGGGGUCUUGAUCAGAACACCGAAAGGCGAAAGCAAGUCAUCAGUGAGAUAAGCAAAGCAGCUGGAGCGUGGGGCUUCUUUCAGAUAGUGAACCAUGGAGUUCCACUUGAUGUUAUGGAGGAGGUGCUGAAAAGUGUCCGACGCUUCCACGAGCAACCCCAUGAAGCCAAGGCAGACGGGUACUCCCGCGAUUAUACGAAGAAGGUAAUCUACUUCAGCAAUGGCGCCUUGAAGGCAUCCACUCCAGCGGAUUGGAGGGACACGUUAUCAUGCAACUGCCAGUUCCUAGAAGAUGAAAGCAACUUCCAAUCGCUGCCUCAAGUCUGCAGAUGUGAAAUUGUGGAGUAUUAUAAGCACCUGAGUAAGCUCCAAGAGAAGCUGUCCGAAUUAUUGUCUGAAGCUUUAGGCCUAAGCAGUGACUACCUUUCAAGCCUAGGGUGCUUCAAAUCAUCAACAUUAUCGUGCCAGUAUUACCCAGUUUGCCCGGAGCCCCAUUUGACAUUAGGUGCAAGUAAGCACUCGGACAUCCCCUUUCUCACCUUGCUCGUUCAGGACAAUAGUGGUGGCUUGCAAGUGCUACAUCAAAAUGUUUGGGUUGAUGUGCCUCCACUACUCGGAGCUUUGGUAGCAAAUAUAGGCGACAUGAUGCAGAUCACUAGUAAUGAUAAGUUCAAGAGUGUGGAGCAUAGAGUUCUGGCAACAAGGGUUGCGCAGCCCCGAACAUCAGUUGCAUGUUUCUUCAGUUUUGAGGACAAGCUCACACCAUUCGGGCCACUAAAAGAGCUCGUAUCCGAAAUCAAUCCCCCAAUUUACAGGGACAAUAUCAAGUUUGGUGAGUACAUUGCCUAUUAUAUGCAAAAGGGACAUGAUGGAAACUCUGCAAUUCCUCAUUUUAGACUCGUAAAGUGAUUUACCAUUCUGCUUUCAAGUAAUAAUGUGAUUUCGAUUC